GUCCCAUAAUCAAGAAGAAAAUGCUGUCCCUUCGUACCCAAACCUUUUCUUCUUAGACUCCCCUUCCUUUCUACAUAUAUAUCCACUCCCACACAUACACAGAAAAGCCCUCAAGCAAAGAAAAUGAGCUCCCUCUUGAACAAGAUGAUGAUCACUUCACUCCUUCCGCUCACCCCCUACCUCCUCUCCCUUCUCCUCUUCCUCCUCCUCCUCGAACAAAUAUCUUACCUCACCAAAAAACGCACCGCGCCGGGCCCACCCGUCGUCCUCCCAUUCCUCGGCAACGCAAUCUUACUGGUCCGCAACCCGACCUGCUUCUGGGACCGCCAAUCCGCUCUAGCCAAGUCAUCCCCACUCGGCUUCUCCUCUAACUACGUCAUCGGAAAAUUCAUCCUCUUCAUCCGAGACACCCAUCUCUCCCACAAAAUAUUCGCCAACGUCCGCCCCGACGCCUUCGCCCUCGUAGGCCACCCCUUCGGCAAGAAGCUCUUCGGCGACCACAACCUCAUUUACAUGACCGGCCAAGAACACAAGGACCUACGACGUCGUAUCGCCCCCAACUUCACCCCUAAGGCCCUCUCAACCUACACCGCCUUGCAGCAGAUCAUCAUCCUCCACCACUUGCAAAACUGGCUCCGACUCUCCUCACAGGCCCUACCCGACCCGAUCACCCUCCGGUUUCUCGUCCGCGACAUGAACCUCGAGACUUCUCAGACCGUCUUCCGAAACGCGAGGCUAGCCGUGAGACGCCUGGUCGAAACGCUCUCCGUUUGCGCCGAACGGAGCAAGGCCAGAAUGGAGAUUGCAAAUUCCGAGCCUACUUGUCUCAUCGACUUCUGGAUGCACGAAACGGUUCAGGAGCUCCGAAAUGCAGCUCAGGCCAGUUCCCCCGAACCGGCAGUCGUCAGCGAAGUCGAGAUCGGGGCGCACCUCUUCGACUUCCUCUUCGCGGCUCAGGACGCUUCCACGUCUUCGUUACUGUGGGCGGUGAGUCUGCUCGACUCGCACCCUGAGGUUUUGGAGAAGGUCCGGGAAGAGGUAGCUGGAAUUUGGUCUCCGGAGUCGGACAGUCUGAUCACGGGGGAGCAGCUCUCGCGAAUGAAGUACACGCACGCAGUGGGGCGUGAGGUCGUGAGGUACAGAGCUCCGGCGACUAUGGUCCCGCACAUUGCCGCGGUUGACUUUCCGUUGACCGAGACGUACACGAUCCCGAAGGGCACCAUUGUGUUCCCUUCGGCUUACGAGUCAUGCUUUCAGGGAUUCAGUGAUCCGGAGAGCUUCGACCCGGACCGGUUUUCCGACGAGAGGCAGGAGGACCGGAUUUACAAGAGGAAUUACUUGGCGUUCGGGGCCGGGGCCCACCAGUGUGUGGGCCAGAGGUACGCUUUGAAUCAUCUCGUCCUCUUCAUCGCCAUGUUCUGUACGUUGAUCAAUUUCAAGAGGCACAGGACGGACGGCUGCGAUGACAUCGAGUUUGUCCCCACCAUCUGCCCCAAAGACGAUUGCAAGGUUUUCUUGUCCCAACGGUGCACACGAUUCCCUUCCCUGUAAUUACCUUGAUUGAAAAGUCGAAAGUACCCUCGUUGUCGUUGCUUCAUUUUAAUAUUUUUUUGGAGAUGUCGAUUGUGGGGGUGCAUAGAUCUUAGAUGAGAAGAGAUGGAGGGCCACACUAGUACUGUUGGGAUACUUGAGGAAUUUAUCAAGAAGAUAAUCCCUUUUAAUGUUAUUUUAUGGGUGUUUUUCUGGUUAUGAAUUGUGAUUGGCUGGCUUGGCUGCCCAUGCAGAUGCAAGUGUGAUAGUUGGCAAGUUGUGCAGGAAGACAAGUUUAACAAGGACUUUUAAUUAAA